CACUGCAUCUUUCUUCUCACUUUCUAACCCAGCUCAAGCCUCCAAUUUCCCUUUCCAAUUUCCACACUCGCCCCUCUCAAACAUACCCCUCCUUUGUCCCAAUACCUCGAAAAAAUGGUCAAACCCCUAACCUUCAAAGGCGACAAGCCCCACAAAUCCAAGAAGCGCAAAGCCGACCCCUCCCUCCCGAGCAGCACCGCCAAAAAGCCCUCUUCGACACACCCAGCAUCCGAAUACUCCGGCGCCAAUGAUGUGGUGGUGGCCGCCGACCACGACGAGGACGAGAACCCCGAAGACCAAUCGUGGGUCUCCGCCGACGUGCCCUCCGACAUCGCCGGCCCGAUCCUCCUCGUCCUCGCCAGCCAACCGCCGACCUGCAUCGCCAGCGACGCGCACGGGAACGUGUUCGCCUCGGAGCUCGAGAAUCUCAUAGACGGGGACCCCGGUACGGCGGAACCGCACGAUGUGAGGCAGGUGUGGGUGGCGACGAAAGUGGCGGGCGUGGAGGGGUGGAGUUUUAAGGGGUCGCAUGGGCGGUAUCUGUCGAGCGACAAACACGGUAUCCUGAGCGCAACCUCCUCCGCCGUGUCCCAUUACGAAACCUUCAAUGUCCAUUCCGCCGCGGUGCCGCGCACGUUCUCCAUUCAGACGGGUACCAGCGAGUCCGAGGAGAGCACCUUCAUCAGUGUGGCGGAGGUAGCCUCGAAGACGACGGCGUCCGGGGUGAAGCUCGAGGUGCGCGGGGAUACUGGGACGCUGUCGGCGGAUACCAACGUCCGGGUACGGAUGCAGGCCCGGUUCAAGCCCAAGAUCAAGGCGAGCAAGGAGGUCAAGGCGCGGGAGAAGGUCAGUCGGAAGGAGUUGGAGGGGAUUGUGGGGAGGCGGCUGGAGGAGGAUGAGGUGCGGAGGCUGCGGAAGGCGAGGAGGGAGGGCGACUUCCAUGAGGUGGUGCUGGAUGUGAGGGUGAGGGGCAAGCAUGAUAAGUUUGCUUGAUCCUCCUUUUUUGGGUUUGCUCAGCAUGUAUGAGAUAUGGUUGGAGCUAUAAUUGUACAAGAU